UCAAACGCGUCCUCGGAGCGCUCUACGCUUUACAAGGGAGGACAUGCGAUAGCAAUGAGGAGCUGUACAUAGGAUAUCUAAAGAACCAUUCGGCUGAGUCCUCUAUGAUUCAGCCACAAUUGACUAUAUCGUAUUACCACCCAGUUCAAGCAUUGAAUCAUGGCAGACGCCAAGCCACCCUCUGACAGGCCUCAGAGGAAGAUGUCCACUACAGGGGACAGUUUAUACAAGGUGCUGGGAUUGGAGAAAGGGGCCACAGCAGAGGACAUUAAAAGAGCCUACAGAAAACUGGCUCUGAAAUACCAUCCAGACAAGAAUCCAGACAACCCUGAAGCUGCAGAAAAGUUCAAAGAAAUCAACAAUGCCAACUCAAUCCUCGCUGAUGAGACCAAGCGCAAGAUCUACGAUGAAUACGGUUCCAUGGGGCUCUACGUGUCCGAGCAGUUUGGAGAAGAGAGUGUCAAAUACUACUUCCUCAUGUCAAAGUGGUGGUUCAAGGCUAUGGUCAUGUGCUGUGCCGUUUUCUCCUGUUGCUGCUGCUGUUGCUGCUGCUGUUUCUGCUGUGGAAAGUGCAAACCACCAGGGGAGGAUGAGAACUACCAGUACGUGGACCCAGAAGACCUGGAGGCCCAGAUCAAAGCAGAGCAGGAUGGUGGAGGCUCAAAUGUCCCUAUUUUGAUCCAGCCCAGUUCCACCCUCAACACCUCAGAGUCCACACAUUUCGCAGCCAGCCAGUCCAUGUACAACACCCAGAAAUGAGCCACCUGCCUGGUCCUGGUCCCAGUCAUUACUGAGGGGGUCCUGCUGAUGGACUCUAAGGCCUCUGAUGUAGUGUGCUGACCGCAGGGCAUCAUGGCACCAGGACUAAACUGUGCCACUGCGCCAUACCCUGACUCUGACCCACUGGAAUCGAGUGGCAGUUUGCCAAAAGACAAGGAAGUCUCUGCCAGUCUCACUUCAUCUGUGUCUCCACUGGUGUGUAUGUCUGUCUGUUCGUAUAUAACUACCCGUUCAUUUCAAAAUAAUAUAGCUAUGAGACUGGUGCCACUGGGCAUUGCUCCAGGUGGGAAGUGGGUUUUACUUUUUGGGGUGUUUCUUUUUGGUUCUGGCUAUUUAUUUAAUUUUUUACUCUUUUUUUUUUUUAUUUAUUUUUUUUUUUAUAUAUAUGUUAGAAAGCAUGGACAUGAGUGGAAUGUUCAUGUGAGUGCAUGCAAAGCAAUAACAGCAUGCCACUACUAUACAGCAUAGGAACAUGUGCAAAAACCCCUCCCACUUAUCUUCAUCCAAAUGCGGAGCCACAACAUGGCACCUUUCUUUUAGUUUGCUUCUUUAGAUGGCAGUGUUUUCCAUUCUCAAGUUUGCAGUCAUCUGUUACAUUUGCAUUAAACUGCAUAUCGUUUAAGAUCGAAAUGGUCAAUCGUACGCAAAUGACAAGACCGCUGUGUAACAACUUUUUCUUACCAAAGUUAAGGCAGAUGCCUCAAAUGUCAGCUGAUGUGCCAUGCUUGGUAUUCCAAGCCAUGUGCAAUGGUCAUACAU